UUUUUCUUACUAGGAAUUAAAGAAUACUUUUUGGGUACCAAAAAUCAAUAUGUCGCCACGGUUGCAAUUGAUCUUGGAACAGUUUCCAGUGGCUUUGCCUAUACACUUCAUACGAACCAAAGUCAAGACUCGAUUUUCGUGAACAGUGACUGGGUGAAUGAAUUUGGUCAUCGAACGAGCAAGACCCCUACAUGCUUGCUUCUCAAACCAGACCUUUCAUUCUACGCCUUUGGGUACAAAGCGUUGGAAUGGAAUGCAUAUUUUCAAAGCACCCACGAAACACAAGACAUGUUGUUUUUUGAGGUUUUUAAGAGAGAUUUGCAUAGUGAUAAGGUAAGUAAAGGGGACUUCUAAGUCGCCUUUCCUUAUACGGAGGGAGCGUGGGUAACACGCGAGCCAGGGACAAGACACGCUCCCUCCGACCUUCGUGCGCGUUACCUCGUUCAGUAAUGCCGUUCUUAAUCGGUGCGCUAAGGCAAAUAGAGCGCCUCUUACACCAUUCUCGUUUCCCGAGCCCUCUGACCUUCGUGCACGUUACCCGGUUCAGUUAUGCCGUUUUGAGUUACUUGCGCCAAGAUAAAUAGUGUCUCUUACACUAUUCUCGUUUCCAGAGUCCUCUGAUCUUCGCGCGCGUUACCCGGUUCAGUUAUGCCGUUCUGAAUCACUUGCGCUAAGAUAAAUAGAGCGCCUCUGUUACCAUCCUCGUUACCAGAGCGACUUGUUCGCACUCAAGACUACGAAAGAAAGAGAGGACUCUGGGAACGAGAGUUCUAAUUCACAAGCUAAAUCUGAAAAGUGACUUGCAUAGAGGUCUUGUUGGAAACGUAUUUAGAUUAGGCGGCCAGCUAUAACAGAAUCUAACAAACUUGUCAUCAACUGCAUUAGAAGUAUAAACAAAGGUUGCUUUAGUUUGCCAUGAUAAGGUAAUCUCUAAAUUGUUCGUAGAUCGUAGACUUCGACUGUACCCUUAAAGCAGCAAACGGAAAGAGUAUAAGAGCCAUAACAGUUUUCGCACAGUGUAUCAAAUUCUUCAAGGAUGAAGCAGUGGCCUGUGUAAGGCGAGAGGUUGGAGAAGAUGAAAUUGAUGAUGAAAAAAUAUACUGGGUUUUUACUGUACCUCAAUCUUGGACGGGAAGAUCUAAGCAGUUCAUGAGAGAAGCAGCUUACGAGGUAACGCAUAUCAUUGCGCGGCAAGACAGUUAUGCGAAUAUUUCAAUUUGCAGAUUAGCAACUCUUUGUGUUUUGUGGGAACACAGUUUUGCUCUUCUAUGUUAUUUAUAUUUCUGCUGGGAAGUUUUUUUGCGAUUUUAUGUUAGACGUUGAUUAAAAGAAACCGAGAGAAUAUAAAUUGAGCUCAGUUUAUGUUCCCGUGAAGAAUCCUUGAAAUUUUUCUAACCUAUCGAAAGAUAUAGACGGAAGAUACAUAGACGAUUCGCGCGUGGAUAUUUCCAGUAAAUUCCAUACUACAACGUAUGCGGUGCGAAUCAAGACAGACAAAUCAGGCACACCCUGUGCUGCACAGGCUUUUGAUAAUGAAAAUCUCCAUUCAUCUCUCCCAUAGGCUGGUAUUGGCUCACGUGGUAACUUAGGACAGCUGAUGAUUGUCAGUGAAGCUGAAGCAGCCCUGGAAUUUUGUGUAAAGACAGAUCUAAGCACACCCGUUUUAAUCGCUGAUAUUGGAGGUACUCAUCUCAAUAUAUUCUGAGUUGUCAGAAUUUGGUAACAUCGGUUUUUAACGACCUGCAACUCAACGCAAAAUAUAUAACAUUGCUGCUUUUAUUAGAAGGCAUUCCACUGGCAAACUAAAUUUAUGUGCCGACUUUAUUCAUCCUAAUCUCGUACCCAGAUCCUACCGUGUUACUGUACAACCGCUUGGCCGUGAAAGGCCUGGGUAGGCGACUAAAUUUAUCCCACUGAAAAAAAGAACCUUUCUUUAUCAACCAGAGCAAGAAAAAACACACAAGAAAAAUUAUUGGGCUUAUUUUCAUUUGUUGUACAAGGGAGGUUGACUCUUCUGACUUGCGUCUAAAAACUUUAAACAGAAGUUAUUGGGAAUAACAUUGAUAUUUCUCACCAGGAGGGGGCCUGGAAAUGACUCUCUUUGAGCAACAUAAUGAAGGAAAAGUCGUUAAGACCGACAAGGUGACUCGUCCUGCGAAUACCGCUGUUCAUGAAGAAAUGUUCCUGGAGCUUUUAGAAAGGACGUUUGGGGAGCAAAAAGUUCAAGACUAUCAGAAGCUGUACCCAAGUGAUUUACACCAAAUCUUUCAGAACUUUGAAGCAAAGAAGCGCACUUUCCGAUUCAAAGAGACAAAGAUUCAAUUACCAGGCAGUUUUGUCAGUUUCGUGAACGAUUUUCUCUCUCCAUCCAUGAAACAUUACAGUAAGGGGGAGGUUAGAAUAGUGGAUGAUCAGUAUCUUUGUCUGUGCGCUGAAUGCAUGAAAACUCUUUUGAAGUCUGUGGCAGAAGAUGCAAUAACUGAAAUGAAGGCUUUCCUCGGCAAACCGCAGCUUUCAGAGGGUGUUAGGAUAUUUCUUGUUGGUGGACACGCUGAAUCACUUCACCUCCAGGAAGAAUUCAAGAGGGAGUUUUCUGGCCGUCAUGAUGUAACGACGUAUCGUGACGCCUCCCUUGCAAUUGUUAAGGGUACUAUGAUGGUUGCUAAGGCAAUGAAUUCAAAUAGGGAAUCAGGGAUCAUUGGUGCAUGUUAUGGUGUCGACUGUUCACGAAAUUUCGUUCGAGGUCUGCAUCCACCAGAGAAGAAAUUCUUUGCUGAUGGUAAAGCGAAAUGCAGAGAUCUUUUUCAUUGCAUUGUUAAGAAAAAUGAUACCAUCAGACGCGGAGAGAAAAUCUCUGUAAGAUAUCGUCCACUCUAUGCGAAUGAAACAGAAAUUAAAUACACCUUUUACGCCUCACAGAGGUCAGACGUCGACUUUAUUUUCGUUACAGACCAGGACGUGAAAGAAAUUGGAAGUAUCGUAAUCCAUUCCCCUGAUACGAGGAAUGGUCCGGAAAGAGAUAUUAUAGUCAGCAUUUAUUUCGGAGGAACAGAUUUAAUAGCUUCGGCUUGGGAUGUAACGAGCGGAAAGAGGGCUCAAACAACCUUGGAGGUGUCCCCACCUUUUUAG